AUGAAAGAAGAAAAUGAGAACGGAAUUAAUUAUUUACAAAAAUGUUCUCAAAACAACUUAAAUAAUUCACCAAAAAAUAUUUCUAAUAAUUCAGUAGUUAAUAGUACAGAAUUAGAACGUUUAAUUCGUUUACGUGCUGAACGUGUUCAAAGAACGCCGAAAUGUGCUCGGUGUCGCAAUCAUGGGGCUGUUUCUGUACUUAAAGGUAAUUUUUAA